AUGUCACCUUUGCCAAUUAUUGCCUGUGGCGGCAGCGACCCACAGAUUUUCAACGCUGUUAAACCUCUUUACUUACCUGACUACGAAAUUAUACAUAAUGUCACCAGCAGCGCCUCCGGAGCAGUCGAAAUACCCUUCAUGCUGCGCGGGCAGGCUCCUCCCACUGCUGAAGAGCCCAACCGUGGCACCUUGAACUAUUCCAGGCCACCCAUCGCUGUUUUUGCAGGGGGGUUAUACGGCGACGAGGAGAUAGACGAGAUGCGCCAGGCAUGUCUCGGGCUCAGUUCUGUGCCUUGGCUGAAGAUGGAUAGGAGUGUGCCUAAGCCGCCGUUGGGGCCGGGGUAUGCGGAGCAUGUCGUGGAUAGGGUCAAGACAUGCCUGAAGAAGAUCGAGGCAGAAGGGAAGAUGGAACAAGAUGGCGUAUGGCUUUACUGA